GUAGAAACCGUCACCACAGUCGGCGAUUCGAACAAGACCUCAGAAAACGCUUAACGGAAGCUCUUUUGAGCUCUUUACUGCACAUUUCGGAUUUCAGGGUUCGCGUUCAACAUCUGCGAACGAUGGCAUAGCGCACUACGUGGUGCAUAAUCCGCCCACUGUCGUUAGCUGAGCCGCUGGCUCAGCGCGUGACGGGAAAAACCGCUUGCCCGGGGUGAAUGAAUUAAAACACACGCGCGCGCGCGCAGAGAAAGAGAGAUCGAUCGCAUCGGUGAGAUCGCGCGGAGAUGGCGGGCGACGGAGGGCACGUCCUGGACUUGGACCAGGCGAAGUAUGACGCAGAUGAGCAGGUCAAGAUCAUCUGCCUGGGAGACAGCGCGGUUGGGAAGUCCAAGUUGAUGGAGAGAUUCCUGAUGGACGGAUAUCGCCCCCAGCAGCUGUCCACAUACGCACUGACGCUGUACAAGUACGCCACCGCAGUCGACGGGAAGGCCGUGGUAGUGGACUUUUGGGACACGGCAGGACAGGAGCGCUUCCAAAGCAUGCACCCCUCCUACUAUCACAAGGCCCACGCCUGCGUCAUGGUGUUUGAUGUUCAGAGGAAGAUCACGUAUAAAAAUCUUGCUAACUGGUAUAAAGAACUCCGGGAAUAUCGCCCCGAGAUUCCCUGUAUAGUAGUUGCAAACAAAAUAGAUGCUGAUAUGAAAGUUACUCAGAGAAACUUCAAUUUUGCAAAGAAACAAGGACUGCCUCUGUAUUAUGUGUCUGCUGCUGAUGGAACCAAUGUAGUGAAGUUGUUCAAGGAUGCCAUUAAGCUGGCGCUCGCUUACAAGCAGAAUUCCAGGGAUUUCAUGGAUGAGGUCAUGCGGGAACUUGAGAACUUCGAGCUGGAUGCGAAAGAAGAACGAAGCUCCGAGAGGGAAGCGGAGCUCUUCCUGGAGGACUCCGAAGUGGCGUGAGCCUGUGCUCGUCCCCGAACCCCAGUCCCUGGACCGGAAAAGACGAGGGAUGAGGAGAACCUCCGGCGUGUCCAUGCGGGAACAAAAUGAGCAUUUUGAUGAGGACUCGCCAGUCUAGAUGUUUUUAGGGGCGUCGCUUUAGCCGGUGGCUUAUUGUACAAGUGACGCGUUCACAUGAGAUGUUAUUCUAAACAGUCUUUUAGGGUGCGGAGAGGUCAAAGGUCGGGAUGCAUUAAUGCGACACAUUUUUAGAUAUUUCAGGCUUUGGUGAUUUUUCACGAGCAAGAAUUUAUACAAAGGACUCCACCCCGAUAUAAAGGGGAAUUGGACACCUGAUCUGGAGAUGCCAUCUGAGUUUUAGGCCCUUUGCCAAGUGUCCAAAACAUGACAUUAAUAUUAUUGGGCAGGAAUUAAAAAGAUUAUCAUUCCUUCUCAGGUGAGUUUGUUGGCGGAAAAAAUCAGUCAUAUUCCGAGUGGCGUUUCAAAGGGUCGGCGAGUCGAACCCGUGGUUUUAACUGCUCGUCCGCAGCGUGUUUGUACUUGUCGGGUAGAACUGGGUACCUUUGUCAUACCUGUGCAUCCACUUUAAUUGUUAUUAUUGUUCAACAUGUGGGUGUCAUAGAACAGUUUUUACACAAAGUACAUUGGAAAGAAGAGUUGCGUAAUUAUGUUUUGCAUCCUUCCGCUAGUUUUGUGAGCUUAUUACGCCGUCCACACUACAAUUUUCUGGUGGAAUUUCUGUUGCACGCGUUACGUUCGGUGCGGAUUCAGCCAUAAGUACAUAUAGAACCGCGUGACCUAUGAUGUGAAGUGAAGUUGUUAUAUGUGAACGGCUUUGGCCAAGAAGCUGCGGUAUGUCCUCAUUCAUUGUGAGGGUAAAAUCGUGCAAGAUUCGUGACGCCACUUGUACGUCGAGGUGCGUUUUUUUUUUUUUUUUUUUGUUUUUAAAUCAAUCUACUGUGAAAAAAAUGCUCGUCGUCAUUAAUGUUUGUUUGCACAAGCGUUGUGCGCUUUUCUGAAUGUGACAGUCGUACGACUACAUGAGGACAGGAAUCAUUUUGAACCGCGGUAAUAUUGCACCCGGUUUCUAUAUUUUGUGAUAAAGCAGUAAACAAAGUAUCAGUAAAUUGCACAUUGUUUCUUUGAUUUUUCUUGUUCUUCAAGGAUCCUUUUAAGACAUUAAGACUGCAGUUAAAGGGCAGCAAAUGGGUAAUCUAAAUGAUAAAUUUAUUACAUAAUAAACA